AUGACGACCCAGGACGUUCGCGCGAUCGCGAAUCGCUCGAACGCGAACGAACGGACGGCAACGCGAACGUUUGCGAGCUCGACCGCGAUCGACACGGGAUCGUGGCGCGAACGAGCGCGAUGGAUGACGGCGAGUUGGACGCGCGCUCGCGCGUACGCCACCGAGGACGGGAAGAGUGGGGAAGAAGGCGCGGACGUGGCGUCCGAGGAGGGCGAAGAGAUCGAGGGCGAAGAAAAUGACGAGAUCGCCAAGCUUCGAGGAGAGUUGGAGGAGAAGGACGCGGCAGUGGCUGACCUGAAGGAUAGGAUUUUGCGAACCAUGGCUGAGAUGGAGAAUCUUCGCGAGCGCACGCGUCGCCAGGCGGAGGACGCGAAGAAGUUCGCGGUUCAGGGAUUCUGUAAGGAUUUGCUGGACGUGGCGGACAAUCUAGACCGAGCGAUCUCGACCGUGCCGGAGGAAGAGAUCGAGACGGAUGUCGAGAAGAUAAAGGCUAAGCUGAAGAGCUUCCGGGAGGGUGUGGUGCUGACGGAGAAGCAGCUCUCGUCCACGUUCAACAAGCACGGUGUCGCCAAGUUCAACCCCGAGGGCGAGGAGUUUGACGCGAACCUCCACAUGGCUCUGUUCAACGUUCCGAUUCCCGAGGGAUCAGACGCGAAGGCGGGAACCGUGGCGGCGGUGACGAAGACAGGGUACACGCUCCACGAGCGUGUCAUUCGCGCCGCGGAAGUGGGUGUCUACCAAUGA